GGAUGUUCCUGGAAAUGGAAACGAAAAUGGAAAUGUCAUAGUGAGUGUUCUUGGAAAUGGGGAUGGAAAUAGAGUGAUAAAUGUUGUUCCUGGAAUUGAUAACCUAAUUCCUGAAAAUAUGAAGACAAUUCUUGAAAGUGGGAACGGAAAGUGUGAAUUGGCCAACAUGGCCAAGUGGGAGAUGUUAAUGAUGUGGCCAUGUUGGCCAAAUCCUUAUCCCCAAAUAAUAGGUCAAAGAGACCAUAACUGAAUAGAGAGAAAGGUGGGGCGAUUUCGUGUUUGUGAAAGAGUCGUUGUUCUCUCCAACAACGUCUCAAUAGACUCCUAUAAGGCAAGGGAAAUCUGGAGUUGGCAUUUUAAUGGCAAAGUGCACAAACGCAUGAGGAGCCCCAACUAGUUCACAACAGCUCAAAGUCGCUACAAACCCAUUAUCAAUUAACAUGAAAGAGAUGACUAGCAAACAAGUCUGUGAUCAGAAUAUGUCACAACGAUCAGAAUUGCCCUUGAUUGAUUUUGAUACAAUAAAAAUUGCCACAGACAAUUUCUCAGAUACCAACAAGAUUGGACGUGGUGGGUUUGGAACUGUUUACAAGGGGACAUUAGCUGAUGGAAAGGAAAUAGCCGUGAAAAGGCUUUCAAGGAGGUCAUGGCAAGGUUUAGAGGAGUUCAAGAAUGAAGUUAUACUAAUUGCAAAGCUUCAACAUCGGAACCUCAUGAGGCACCUAGGUUGUGCUGUAGAAGAGGAAAAGCUGCUCAUCUAUGAGCUCAUGCCUAAUAUCAGCCUUGAUGUUUUUAUCUUUGGUAUGUUCUUCCUUUCCCUUUCAUAUUUUUUUUAUUUCAAGAUUUAUAUUGGCAUUUUCCCAUACUAAUUGUUUUUUAUACGAUGUUUGCUUAAGCUC